AUGUCUUUCUCAGCAGAGGAUAUAGCUAGAAGAGCUCGCUCAGCUGGUAAUUUAUUGAAAACAUUAACCGAUGAGCACCGUAUCCAAAUUCUACGCAAUAUACAUGACGGUUUAAAAGAGAGUAAGGAUCUCAUUAAGAAAGCAAAUGAGUUGGAUUUGGAGGAAGCUGAAAAAAAUAAAAUUUCACCUGCUUUGAUUCAGAGAUUGAAUUUGUUUAAAGGCGAUAAAUUCGAUGUCAUGUUGCAAGGGAUACAAGAUGUUGCAAAUUUGGAAGAUCCAGUAGGUAAGAUAUUAAUGGCUAAAGAGUUGGAUGAAAACUUGACGUUGUACCAAGUAACUGCACCUGUUGGUGUUCUCUUAGUGAUUUUUGAAUCCAGACCAGAGGUUAUCGCUAAUAUUACCGCGUUGUGUAUAAAAUCUGGAAAUGCUGGUAUUUUGAAAGGUGGCCGGGAAUCGUUAAAUACCUUCAGAGAAAUGGCUGCCGUAAUCCAACGCGUAGUUGUUGAAAGCCAAAAAACUAUGGCGUUCCCUGUUGAUGCAGUGCAAUUGGUUGCCAGCAGAGAGGAGGUUGCUGAUCUUUUGAAGCAAGACGAAUACAUUGAUUUAGUUAUUCCUCGUGGAUCAAACGCACUUGUAAGAAAUAUUAAAGAUAACACAAAAAUACCAGUUCUAGGGCAUGCUGAUGGUAUUUGUUCAAUUUAUUUGGAUCGGGAGGCUGACUUAGAAAUGGCUAAAAAGGUUGUUCUAGACUCUAAAACCAAUUACUGUGCCGCUUGCAAUGCUGUAGAAGCACUAUUGGUUAACCCUGAAUUAGAUGGUUGGUGGAAAGUUAUUACUCACUUGAUUACCACAGGUGGUGUGACGAUUCAUGCUACACCUGAUGUGAAACAAUUAUAUUUGUCCAAAGUCAGUGACGAUGCUGUUAAACCCUUCAUCGUGGACGCUGUUGAGGAGGACUUCUGCAAGGAAUUUUUAUCUCUGGAUAUUGCAGUAAAGUUUAUGGAAUCCACUCAAGCAGCAAUUCAGCACAUAAACUUACAUUCCUCGAAACAUACAGACGCUAUCAUCACUAACAAUAAAGGUAACGCUGAUGCUUUUCUAAAAGGUGUUGAUUCUGCUAGUGUUUACUGGAAUGCAUCUACAAGGUUUGCAGAUGGUUUCAGGUAUGGGUUUGGUACUGAAGUAGGGAUAUCAACCUCUAAAAUUCAUGCACGUGGGCCUGUUGGGCUUGACGGUCUAGUCACAUAUCAAUACCAACUCAAGGGUACUGGACAAGUAGCCAGCGAUUACUUGGGUGCAGGUGGUUCCAAGGCUUUCAUUCAUAAGAACUUGGACAUUGCGCGCAUUUAA